AUGCUACGCCUCGCACUCGCGCUCUCCGGCCUUGCAGCUGCAGUCCUCUGCCAAGGAUCGCCGCUGGGAUCAUCUUCGGCAUCAGGGGGAUCAGCAGGGAACAUUGUCGACGUCGGAUACGCGAGCUAUAUCGGGAACCAGUCCUUCCCAAACACCGUUGCUUACCUCGGCAUUCCGUACGCGGAGCCGCCAGUGGGCGACCUGCGCUUCCGCGCGCCUGUCGCACUCAACACGAGCAGGAUCGCGGAGCAGGCGGGUGGGCAGCCGGUCAACGCGACGUACUAUCCGGACUUUUGUGUUCAGGGAACUACGGGACAGGGCGAUCACGGAGGUGCAGGUAGUGAGGAUUGCUUGAAGGUCAACAUCUACGCACCCACAGGUGCGAAAGAGGGAGACAACCUCCCCGUCCUAUUCUACAUCCACGGCGGUGGUUACAUCUACGGCAACCCUGCCAACUGGCCAUUCGACCCCUGGAUCCACCAGUCGCCCGACGUCGUCAUCGUCUCCAUCUACUACCGCCUCUCGUCCUUCGGAUUCUUUGCCGCGCCCGCUUUCGUGUCCGACCCGUCACUCGGCGACUUCAAUGCGGGCUUCCUCGACCAGGUACAGGGUCUCCGCUGGGCAUCGCAGUAUAUCAGCAAGUUCGGCGGCGACCCGAACCGCAUCACGAUUAACGGGCAGAGUGCAGGCGCGAGCUCUGUCGAGCUGCACAUGACCGCGAAUGUGGGACGGGAGCUGGUUGUUGGGGCGAUUGCGCAGAGCGUGUACAGGACACCCUUGCCGUUGCCAGACCAGAUGGGGCCGCUGUUUGACUUUUACUCGUCAUACGCGGGCUGCGGGGAAGGCACUGCAGCGACGAAGAUAGCAUGCCUGCGCAAUGCCAGCAUUAGCGCUCUUGCUAUGGCUCAGGAUGCCGCUGUCAUGGGUUCCUUCAAUGCCAGCCUAUACAAUUUUUUCCGCCCCGUCCUUGACGGAAAGGUCUUCAGUGGCGACCCCACCGCGCAGUUUCAGUCCGGCAACUUUGCACAUGUCCCGUUGAUCGUUGGGUCGACAUCGAACGAAACUUUGGCAGGCGGAACAAACAUUUCGGUCGCUCUCAAGAAUUACUUCCCCGAACUCACACCUGAAGACCUCGCCGGAUUCCGCGAAGCGAUGGGAGGACCUGCAUCACUCUACUCAAACGCGUGGACAUACAGGUACAACCAGCCCAACCCGACGAGCGGCUCGAACGCAACCGCACACGCCGCUGAGAACUGGAUGAUGUUCCAAGGCAUCAAUACCGGGUAUAACGGCACAGGCACCUUCACCCCUCAAACACCCGUCGAGCUCACGUUCGCGUCCGAACUCAUCGCGUACUGGCUCUCCUUCGUGCGCGCUGGCAACCCGAACACCUACAAGCUCGCUAUGUCCCCCGAGUGGACCGCGUACGCGCCUGCGAAGGGCGACUCUGAUGCGCUGCGUAUUGUGCUGCAGCAAGAUCCGCAGAACGUCACGACGGAGUCGGGGAGCUACAUUGAAGAGCAGCCUACGGCAGAGGGUAUGCGGUGCAACUUUGCCAUCAGUAAGGUUCAGCACACGCAGGACUGA